AUGGAUGGCUCUAGCGAUCUCACCUUCUCCGCUACGGCCCAGAACCCGCAGAGGCAGCACAGCGGCCCUGAGCCUCGAAGGACCAAUCGUGCUUGCGUGGAAUGCACGAGGAGGAAGAUCAACUACAGGAAACGACAGCGGAGAACCAAUCCCUCCUGGAAAACAAUUGACCAGUUGAAUGACGCUCUGACCGCUCGCAACCAGAUCAUCAAGCAGCUUUUGCCGGCAGUGGACUUCGACAGCCUGCCGGGCCUGUCUCGAGAGAGUGUCAUCCGAUUGAUCAGUAAUGAGGUGGAUACCCAGACACCUUCGCCAGCUGCUGAUGGUGCUGUCGCCAAUGAGGUUCCAGAAGCUUUGCAAUCCCUCAAUGAUAUCGCUGCAGAUGAGGAAUGGAAUGAGGCUCAGGACGAGGAAGGUCCGGAGCCACCAGUUGGCGACGCUGUCAACGGCAUCAUCAUCCACCAACAUCCGGGCUCAUAUCCGCGCGUUUCCUCGACGGGUGCUUUUCUGCAUGUGUUCUUCAGCGUCUGCCCCUCUGCAAAACAAUCGUUCUUGGAUCUUGGAAAGUCGGCAUUUCAGAAACCAACGCAACUUGUCGUUCGGAGUUCGAGCAAAGAGCCCCCGCAGGCUGCGCAUCAUGUCGCCCCUGUAUCCUCCACACUUCCAUCCUUGUCGUCUGCACAACAGAUGGCGAUCGACGCGUAUUUUGAGCAGAUCCACGCCCUGAUCCCAAUGGUGGACGAGAGUCGCUUUCGGGAUGAGUUCUCGAGCCAGGAACGCACAGAUGACGGGUGGAAGGCGCUCUCAAACAUGGUCCUUGCAUUAGGCUCCAUUGCGGCAGGGGACGAUCAAUCACACUUCGCUUACCACGAACGAGCGCGGAAUCUCCUUGGUUACAACAUGUUUACCUCGGGAAAUCUGGAAAUGCUACAGGCGCUGGUUCUCUUGAGCGCGCUGUACUUGUACUACAUCAACUCGCCAAACACCGCAUUCUUAGUCAUGGGAACCGCAUUCCGGAUGGCUAUUGCGAUUGGCUUACAUCGUGAACCAGCAAAGGCGACAAAACUCGGCCAGACACCUGAGGAAGAAGCUUUGGCGCUGGCUCGAGCCGAAAUCAGACGAAGAACUUGGUGGUGUAUGAUCGCUGGCAACGCCUGGCAAGGACUGUUGUUGCACCGCCCCAGGGUUGGAAGAUGGGAUCCGCUCACAAUGGACACCGCUUGGCCUUCUACGAAGCUCUCCUCGACCUCUGCGCGGCUAGAGAGCGUUGCACGACAGAGACACAAUGAGUCCGAGGACAGAGACUGGCAUGGCAUAGCUCUCCGCGUGACUGCCGAGUUUUGCAUAAUCGCCCAAAGGAUAGGAGAUCGGAUGGCCCAGUUGUCAUACAUUACACCUCGGGAGAUAUUUGCCUUCAGCGACGAACUCGAAAUUUGGAGUAAAUCCCACCACUUCCGGUUCCUGUCGGAGAAUUCGUGUCCAAAACGAUUCUGGCUGAGUCGGGAGACCAUGAUGUAUCGAUUUUUGGGGGUACGCGUCCUGUUGUCUCGACCACAUCUGCUGCGGUUGGCAGACGACGCCAUGGCGCACAAUGCAUUCACAGACGAGGACUGGAAGGUUGUAUCACUCUGCCAGAAUUCUGCGAGUGAGGUUAUCGACCUGAUCUGCUCUGGCCUUCAUCACGAUAGGGUUUCGGUCUGGCACUCGACCUUUGCGCUUUUCCAAGCUUGUCUGAUUCCCCUGAUUUCUAUUGCUGUGGCGAAGAAAUUGAGUAUAUUUGGCGAAGCCGCAGUCAAUGGUUGGAAACAGAGUCUGGACGGUGCUAUUCGUGCAUUCAAAGAUAUGGCUCCUCAUACGAGGCCAGCGGACAGAUAUGGCAGCAUUGUCGAGGCAUUGCGAGAUGGCGUGAUAUCUUGGAAUAACGAAGAUUCUCAGUACGCAGCUGACAUCGACCAAUAUGCAGAUUUUCUGGCCAAUGCAAGAUCGGAGACCGCAAUGGACUUGAUGAAUUUUGACGGACAGGACGUCACCGCGCCGGGUCCAUUCCUGGAGUGGUUUGAUUAUGAUCUUUCGUUUGGAGAUCAACAGCUGAACUGGUACCCUCUUCCUGAUCCUUGA